CAUGAAUUUAAGUUAAAUGAGUUUAAAGGAAUAGAGUAGAUUAGAAGGUGUAUAUUAGAAGCCUUACAAAGCCAGUUGGACUUUUUCUAUUAAUGUGUGGGUUAUUGACUGUUAAAGGGGGGCAAGAAGAAAUAAGCUGUUAAGAGGAAAGACACCUGCGGGGCUGAGUGGGGCCAAGUUAUAGAGCCAUAGAGCCUCUCUCUGCAUGAAAUUAGCUCACUGUUUAUUGCUAAAUGUUUUAGCAAUCAACAUUUUAAUCAUAGUUAUUUUCUGGCUGAAUAUUGAGGUCAGUUCUUUUUAUGGUGAAAUGUCGUCUGUCCUUUUUUCUAAUGGAAGAAAACAUUUAUUGUCUGAUCUUAAGGUUGCGGACUGAAGACCGCAUUUUUGUGGAGGGAAAAUGCUUUUUUUUCCUGACUUGAACUUGAAAGAUGUGUGUGGUAGUGUGUGAUGGUUUUUAAUCAAAUAGCACAGAUGGCAAAAGAGUUCAAUAAAAGGUGUGAAAACAAAGAUAUCAUUGCUGUCACAAAUGGAAGACAGUAGAUUAUGUGUGUGGGCUAUUAAUGCAGUGCUGAUUACUGCAAGGAUCGACAUUUAAUGCUGUGUAACUUCUAUUUCAGCCGGAGAAUCCAACAGGAGUUACUUUGUAGAUAUGUAUUGUCCUGACUGCAGCCCGCGCUCCAGUCCAGUAGGUGGCGGUAAUACGCCUUAAACACAUUUAAGAGACUAUGAAGGUAAAGGGAGGGAAAAAAAGCGCAUUCCGGAGCUGAGCGGGGAGGUACAGGGUGAUUGAAUUUUUCAGCAUGUAAUCACGGCGAACUUGAGAUAGGACCACAGUAACGCUAACUAAACAUACCUGUUAACGGUUAUGUGUUGUACCUACCUGUGACACCAUCUGGCCUGGUGUGAAAAUGACCAUAAUCCUGCGAUUGCAAGGCCUUGAUGUGAAGGCAGGUACUGAAGAUAUACGGGCAUUCUUUGAACGCGUUCACAUACCUGAUGGUGGAGUGUACAUAGUGGGAGGAAGUCUCAGAGAGGCUUUUAUUGCAUUCACCACUGAGAGAGAUGCCCAGCUUGCCAUGCGGCUCACUGGAAAUGUCCUUAAAGGGUCUAAGGUGACUCUACACAUAAGCUGCAUGGAAGAGCUGGAACACAAAUUAAAGUCAUUGUUAAAGAGAAAGAAACCUUCCCCCGUGCAGCCUAAAGUAAAGAGACCUAAGCCAUCUCCAGAUGCAAGUCUGCUACCUUUGAAUGCAUGGCCUCAUAAUCCCAAUACUGCAAAUCCACCACCUACUACUGCACAGCCACUCAAUCCCAACACUGAAAAAGUGCCACAGCCUGUUUAUCCCGAUAUUUCAAAUCUACAACUUUCAAAUGCAAACUCACUUGACUCCAAUACUGCCUUUCUUCUUGGAAUUUGUACUGUCCUUCAAGGUAUCCAGUCGUCCCAUCUAAGAGACAACAGUGAGGCAGCGCCAAGAUUUGAUUUGCCCAAGACUGACUGUAAAGUUGUUGUGUCUGAUGAAGUGAGCGCACCAGAGCAAACUCUGAACUCAGGGCCAGGCUACGUCAGGCUCUUUGGUCUGCCAGCCACAGCUACAAAAGAGGUCAUCUGCCACUUUUUUAGAGGGUUGACAGUACAGGAAGCCAUAGUGAACAUCAAGUUGGGACUUAGGCAUUGCUGCCUUGUGAAGUUUGCAAACAUGCAGGAUGCAUGUGAUGCUCUCCUAUUCAACCAACAGUCAUUGGGCCCCGUCUGUGUGGAAGUACGUGGAGCAACUGAGAAGAUGUGGACCAGUGCGGUACAAGAAUGUGAAAAAGCUUUGGAUGUUGGGGAGAGAGUGAAACCCAAACAAAGCCCUCUUAGGGAAACAGCAAACCACAGACAAAAAUCCACCUCUGCAUUACAGAUCAGGUGGCGAUCUGUCAACCGGUUGCCAUCUAAAUCACCAAAAAAGCCAAGACCUGACGGUGACUCAACAACUGCCCUUUCACCAACUAUGGAGUACAUUGUCAUGGUCAGAAAUCUACCCAAAAAGAUGACAAAGACUGAAAUAAAAGAAUUGUUUGGAUGUCCAAACAUUGCACACAAAAAUGUUCUACAUCUGCUUGACAAGGAAGGCAACAGAACAGACACAGCUUUUCUUUUUUUUAACCGCACUGCGGAUUAUGACUAUGCAAUGAAUCUCAGCGGCUGCCAUGUGGGCUCUGAUGCCAUUGAGGUCUCAUCAAUCACCAAGAAGAUGAUGAGGGACAUGAUGGCCAAAACCAAACCCAGGAGUCUUCAGCAUGGUCUGAAGACGUACAUAAAGAAGAAACCAAAUAAAAAGAGGAAAUCAGAUUCAGUUGAGACACCAGAAGAAGCACCAAGCAUGAAUCCGGACCCAGCAGCUCAGACAUGCCUGUUUGUCAGAAACAUGCCUGCAGAUGUACAGAAAAGUCAAAUAAAGAAACUUUUUUGCAAAUAUAAAGUUAAGACUGAUAAUAUCACCUUACUACUUGACAGUGAUGGCAAGGGUAUUGGUGAGGCCUUGGUUCAGUUUAAAUCACAGAAGCUCGCUGAACUGGCUCAAAGGCUCCACGGUCAGGACUUCCUGGGGGCAAAAGUGCUUCUUACCAGCAUCGACGUGAAACAGACGGAAGACAUCUUGGAAAGAAAUGUUUGAGGAAGUCGAACAUUAAUGCUUGAAUGCAGACAGACAAAGACCGAUUGUGAGAUCUUAAUUUUUCCACAUCAAGUUUGUCUUCCAACUGUAAUUCUGCUGGAUUGCAUCAACCUGUUGACUUCAGUUUUCUACUUGUUAAAUGUUUCUCAUCUUGCUCAAUAAUCAGUUCUUCACAUUCCCUCUAUACAUUUUAAAAUAAAUGCUUUUUUAACACUG